AUGUCACCAGAGGAACAUGCGCGUGUCAUUGCUGACUUCACCUCUCCAGGUACAGGUGUGGCUGUUUUACUAACGACAUUUGCGACCGGUGCGGUGGGCCUGAACCUCCAGACGGAGUGCUCCCGGAUCAUAGUAGCGGAACCAGGGAAGAACCUGAACGCCAUCAUACAAGCAUUGGGGAGGGCCCACCGCACCGGGCAGAAACAAAAACAAAAAGCCUGGAUCCUAACCCAGCAACGAUCCAUCAACAUGUUUGUUGAGUCCCGGAACAUGAUGAAAGCCCUCCCACAAAUCGCUGCAGAUUUACACCACCAAUUGAAGGGAGUCAUCAAUAAUCUGGAAGGAAUUGAUCAAAGAGGCAGCGGCACAGAAGCUCACAGAAAGCCUGGGACAAAUAACGCCAUGCACAGACAUGGCAAAUCUAGACUUCUUUCUCGAAAAUAUGACUACUCCGGAAACUGCACACAGUAG